AACGACGGGCCGCUCGGCCAAUCCGGAGGCAGGCCCCUCCCCCGGCUCCGCGAGCAGGCGAGGGGCCAAUCGGAGCCCAGCCGAGGGUCGUUUGGGGGGGGGACGUCACGUGAUCGCCCAAGAUGGCGGCCCCCGCGGCAAGGGCGUGCGCCUUGCUAGUGCGGUAGCCGAAAGUCGCCUUUAUUUUUUUAACCAGAGGCGGACGCCGCGGCAGCGGAAUAAGUUUUUUAACGGCUUGCAGAGCUCUAGGGCUGGAGGCGUGUAUAGAAUUGCAAUCAUUUAUGGGUGUGGCUUUUCCGCUGCUUUGUGUGCUCCAGGAACUAAGAUGGCAGGAGAGUUUAUCGAACCUACUUCAGAAAAAAAAGUUCAUAUUGCAAGUAGAGACAUAUCUGAAAUCCUGAAAGAAAGGUUUAAGCGGCUUUCAGCAGCAGAUCAGAGUUUUUUUCAAAGUGGAUCCAUGUUCCUUGCUUUAAAUGGAAGUCUCUGCGGCUUAGUAGCAAAUAGCUUGUUUAGGCGUGUCCUGAAUAUAACCCAAGCUCGUAUCGUAUCUGCUCUGCCCAUGGCUGUUUUACCGUUCAUUUCAACUGUGGCCACUUAUGAGUGUUUGAUUAAUCGGCCUUUAAUGGAAGGUGAUCUAAAUUGUGCAACUUGCGCCUGGAUCAGAGGUGGUUUAAUUGGAGGAGUAAUAGGUUGGUUCUACCCCAUUUUCCUAGCUCUACCUUUGAAUGCAGCUCUUGCAACAAGGUAUUUAACAACUCCCAUGCCAGGCCAAGAAAACAUGCUGCGCUAUUGGAUGAUGGUUUGCAAACCCGUUUACAAAAAGAUGAAAUUUGCUGCAAUCCUUCAAAUUGCAUUUGGAGCAUACCUGACCUCAAAAAGUCAUGAAAUAUACAUUAAAAUGCUGCAGUUGCCCCAGCCUGGAGAAGACCCUGAAGAAAUAAAAGAUAAAAUUUGAAUUUA